GUUGCCCUUCUCUCCGUUAUUUAGCAGUUCGAUCCUGCAUGACGUUUAGACGCGUGCACAUACAUUUCUUUUGAAUCAACUUGCUUUUCUGUCAAGUUAAUCUUACAUUCGAAAUGGCAGAAAAUAGAGCACAUAAAACAGGAUUUGCUGCAGAGGCACAUAAUAGACUUAAAGCCAAGUACGAUCCCCAACUUGCAUCUGAACUGCUAGAUUGGAUCAGAGAUCUCACUGGAGAAAAUAUCAACAUAGACGGAGAUAGUAAGAACUUCUACGCUACUCUCUGUGAUGGGAAACUUCUUUGCAAAUUAAUCAACACUCUCCAACCAGGAACUAUCCCAGAAAAGAAAAUUAAUGAGAGUAAGAUGGCAUUUAAAAAAAUGGAGAACAUUAAUUAUUUUCUUGAAAGUGCUCAGAAGCUGGGCGUGCCAUCCGAGGAGAUAUUUCAGACUGUUGACUUGUGGGAACAGCAAAAUCUAACAGCUGUUUGCAUCUGUCUCCAGUCUCUAGCACGUAAGGUGAGCUAACUUCAGGUUGUUGUAAGUCUCUAGAUAAAUU